GACGCAAGCGAUGUCAUUCAAGAUGGCAGCGCUCGCGUCCUUGCUGCUCAAGACCAGAGCAGGUCUGUUGGUAGCUGGCCAGACCUCCCUGCUGGACUCUGUGAGAUUUGCAUCUAAGAAAUCUGGUGGCAGCGUUAAGAACCUCGGAGGAAAGAGCCCUGGCCGGAGAUACGGCUUCAAGAAACAGGACGGUAACUUUGUCCAUGCGGGUAACAUCCUUGCGACACAGAGGCUGAUGAGGUAUCACCCAGGAGCACAUGUGGGGAUGGGAACCAACAAGACGCUCUUUGCUUUGGAGGACGGCUACGUCAGGUUCACCAAGGAAGUCUAUAUCCCACCACCACGCGACCCCGAGGUCAUCCGGGUCAUCACCAAGCUGCCAAAAGGAGCCGUGCUCUACAAGACUUUCAUCAAUGUCGUGCCCCUCAAACAGGAGGGCAAGUUUAAACUGAUAGACAUGGUCUAACACUGACUGGACUGGGCUGGGACGUCAUUGUUUCCCAGGUAUUCUUGCGCGUUGUGGGAUCAGCAAGGAUUUGUUUUGACUGAUUUGUGGAGAACUAAGUAAGCAGCAGACCAUCAGCCAGAGAACAGAGAGGAGUCAGUGUAAACCUGCAGACUGUUGGCCUCUCCUUGGUUCCCUGUCUCAGAGUUCCAUGAUUAUUUGACACUCUUUCGCACCUAUUAAACAGGAGUUCAGUUCUGUCACCCAUGGAUUUCCAGUUUAUUUACAAAAAGUCAACAAUUCAACGCACACUGUAGACUUUUUUUUCCCUGUAUUUAAUAAUAAGAUCAUCCCAAUACAGUCUGUGAUACUGGCGCAUAACCAUGGGCUGGUGUCAAUCAUUACAGCUUUUGUUCACUGAGAUGCUUCAUGUCCACCAAGAAGUAAGGAUACCUUAAAACUGAGGUGUCAUCGCUGUAAUAGAACAUGUACUGUAUUUACUGAAUUAAAGUUUUAUAUGUGAAAGUC